CAAGCCACUUCAGUAUACAACAUGAGUGCAUUACUGCUAAAAUUAUUUUUGUGUAUUUUUCUUUAUAAAAUUAGUAACGGUGAAGACAUCACUUUUAAAAAUGUCACAAUUCAGUGGCUAAACCCAAGCAAAAAUGGAACAAUAACUGGUACUGGCGACAAUUUGAAAAACAUCAUUGCUGGUGAAGAAUGGUCAGUCGUGAAGGUCAGUGGAAAAAUUCCCGUAUUGUAUGAAAAAUCAAUUAGUGACAUUCCCAGUUUGAAAAAUCUGGAACUGUCUGGUGUGAGUCUAGAAGAAAUUAAACCUGGUGCUUUUGGAAAUUUGCCACUCUUAAAGGGUUUGAAUUUGAGCGAAAAUAAUUUAAGUGAAAUAAAAAGUGACACUUUCACCGACCUGAACAUGUUCAUUUUCGAUUUAAAAGACAACGCAAUUUCCUCUCUACAACCUGGAGCCUUCAAAAAUCUCAAAGCCGGACUUCUGAUUCUGGAUUCUAACAAACUUACUAAACUUUCAUCUGGUGUCUUCGAAAAUGUGACCAUCGAUAUUUUGAGACUGGUUUCUAAUCACCUCCAUACGAUAGCACCAAACGCAUUACCAGCCAAUUUGGUUCAUUUGAGACUAGACCACAACAAAAUUGAAGAAAUCGAUCCAGAAAUUUUCGACAUACCUCAGUUAGUAACGCUCGCUUUGUCCUUCAACUCCCUUAAGUUUCUACGACCCGGUGAUUUGAAAAACUUGCCAGGAUUAAUAUUCGUGCACUUGGACAAUAAUCAGUUGGAAGAGAUUCCAGGAGGAGUUUUCAAUAGCACAGAAAUCCGUUUUUUGACUUUAUACCGAAACAAAAUUGUUAAAAUUGAGAGUCAAGCUUUCGACAAUAUGUCAGACAUAAGAGCGUUCGAGGUAGAUAAUAAUAAUCUAACCUUUUGGGAUAACAACUGGUUGAAAGGAACACCAAAACUUAACGACAUCGGGGCUAGUUUUAAUCAAAUUACUGACAUUCCAGACGAAGCGUUCAAGAAUUUUCCACAUUUGCGCAGUAUUGAUCUUAGUUGGAAUAAAAUUAGGACCAUUUCGACUAAAGCUUUUUAUAAACUGAAGCGUGUCGAUGAUCUGGAUCUAAGUAAUAAUGAGAUUGACAAUUGGAGCCUCGAUUUGUUGACUAAUGUAACUAGUGUUCGUACACUUCGUCUUGCCUAUAACAAGCUGAAGUGCAUCGAUGGAGAUUUGGCUAAAGUAUUUGGGAUUGUUGGUUACGUGUCCCUGUCGGACAACCCAUGGGAUGACAACUGUGUCCAGAAAAUUCUGAAUUUUCAUCAAAAUUAGUAAUGCUUCAGUUGAUUAAUUUACGCAUAUUUUGGUUUAAUAAAAAUACAUUCCGA